CAGAAACCUGAGAACCAAAAUUCCAUUGACCGCGCAGCUCUCUGCCACUACGGUGCCGAUCCCAUAUGCCCACUUGGCCUAACAAAGCUCCUUCUCCUUCGGUUCCCGAGCUCACCACGCAGAUCCACUACAGCAUCCUUGGUGGUUUUGUUUAUCCUCCCCAUCAGAACCUUAGCUGCCUUUCAUCAUCCACCUCAUUUAUCAUUUCUUGCGUUGUCAGGAACUCUCAUCCUAAAGCUAGCUAUUUGCCUUAAACUAAGAGAGCCCUGCACUCCAUUUCUCUGGGUUUCAGUUUCACUUUCUUCUUAUUCUCAUCAGAAGAUUGUUCCUCCAUCAGCGUUCGGUGGUGAUGCUUUGAGGUUUAAGGAGGAACUCUUUAAGAAAUUUAAUGAAAUUUAGCUGUAGAGUUUGAUUCAAUCAAGUUCUUUUCCUUGGUGAGUUUUGGAUAAAGGUCUUGUUUUUGGUGAGUUGAAAUGAGUGUUGUAGGUUUUGAUAUUGGAAAUGAGAACUGUGUUAUUGCUGCUGUAAAGCAAAGGGGCGUUGAUGUGUUGCUGAAUGAUGAAUCUAAACGUGAAACUCCAGCAGUGGUAUGCUUCGGAGAGAAGCAGAGGUUUCUCGGCUCUGCUGGUGCUGCGUCUGCUAUGAUGCACCCGCAAACCACGGUAUCUCAAGUGAAAAGGUUGAUUGGUAGGAAGUUCAAGGAACCUGAUGUUCAGAAAGAGUUAAGAUUGUUACCCUUUGAAACUUCAGAGGGUCAGGAUGGUGGCAUUUUGAUUCUCUUGAAGUAUUUAGGUGAGACACAUAGAUUUACACCAGUGCAGAUUAUGGCAAUGCUCUUUGCACAUCUGAAAUAUAUAACAGAGACAAAUUUGGGAGUUUCUGUUUUGGAUUGUGUUAUUGGGAUUCCAUCUUACUUCACUGACUUGCAAAGACGUGUCUACCUGGAUGCUGCUGCAAUUGCAGGGUUGAAGCCUCUGAGAUUGAUGCAUGACUGCACUGCAACUGCACUUGGUUAUGGGAUUUAUAAAACGGAUUUAUCCAAUGCUGGCCCAACAUAUGUUGCAUUUGUUGAUAUUGGUCAUUAUGAUACCCAGGUCUCCAUUGUGUCAUUUGAGGCUGGACAUAUGAGGAUACUAUCACAUGCUUUUGAUUGCAGCUUGGGGGGAAGGAAUUUUGAUGAGAUUUUGUUUAGUCAUUUUGCAGCACAUUUCAAGGAGCAGUAUAAUAUAGAUGUGUACUCUAAUGUGAGGGCUUGUAUCAGGUUAAGGGCAGCAUGUGAGAAACUGAAGAAGGUUUUGAGUGCAAAUGCAGAGGCACCUCUAAAUAUUGAGUGUUUGAUGGAUGAAAAGGAUGUCAAAGGUUUCAUUAGGAGGGAGGAAUUUGAGAAGUUGGCUUCCCAGUUGUUAGAGAGGAUUAACAUUCCUUGUAUUAAAGCUUUAGCUGAUGCAGGGUUGACUGUGGAGAAAAUCCAUGCUGUUGAGCUUGUUGGAUCAGGGUCCAGGAUACCAGCUAUAACAAGACAGUUAGCUUCUCUAUUUAGGAGAGAACCUGGUCGGACAAUAAAUGCAAGUGAGUGUGUGGCACGCGGAUGUGCUCUCCAAUGUGCAAUGCUCAGUCCAGUUUUCCGGGUUAGAGAUUAUGAGGUUCAAGAUUGUAUUCCAUUCUCCAUAGGAUGCUCUUCAAAUGAAAGCCCAAUUUCCCAGGGGUCAGAUGGUGUGUUGUUUCCAAGAGGCCAGCCAAUUCCAAGUGUUAAAGUACUACAAUUACAGCGAAGUAGUUUGUUCCAUUUGGAAGUGUUUUAUGUUAAUCCAAAUGAACUGCCUUCUGACGUAUCCUCUAAAAUAAGUUGCUUCACGAUUGGCCCUUUUCAAAGCUCCCAUAUUGAAAGGGCAAGGGUUAAAGUCAAAGUUCAAUUAAACCUUCAUGGCAUUGUCACUGUUGAGUCUGCUAUGUUGAUAGAAGAGCACAUUGAUGAUUCAAUUACAAGGAAGGAUACACAUUCAGAAAUGAGCACAAAGGAGGCCCAGCAUGUAGCAAAUGGCAGUGAAGAUAGUACCUCUGUGCAGUCCAAACCAUCACAUGCUUCAGCUGAUGGUAAAACCAAUGAUAAAGCAACCAGGAGGCUUGAGAUACCAAUUUGUGAGAACAUCUAUGGUGCAAUGACCAAGGCUGAGCUCAUAGAAGCUCAAGAUAAAGAACUUAAGUUGGCUCAACAUGACAGGACCAUGGAACAAACCAAAGAGAAAAAGAACGCCUUGGAGUCUUAUGUCUAUGAAAUGCGGAAUAAGCUUUUCAACACCUAUCGGAGUUUUGCAUCUGACAAGGAGAAAGAGGGCAUUUCCAGGAGCCUACAGGAGACAGAGGAGUGGCUUUAUGAGGAUGGGGAGGAUGAAAUGGAAGGCGCCUACACUUCCAAAUUAGAGGAUCUUCAGAAGUUGGUGGAUCCGGUUGAGAGCCGAUACAAAGAUGAAGAAGCAAGAGCACAGGCUUCAAGCGAACUGCUGAAUUCAAUUGUGGCUUAUAGAAUGUCUACAAAAUCUCUGCCAAAUGAGGAUAGAGAAUUGAUCAUAAAUGAGUGCAAUAAGGCAGAGGAAUGGCUGAGAGAGAAAACUCAACAACAAGACUCUUUACCUAAAAACAUUGACCCACCUUUAUGGUCAAGUGAGAUCAAGAGCAGGACUGAGGAUCUAAACAUGAAGUGUAAGCAUAUAAUGACACCCAAGGCUUCUCAUCCGGAUUCGGAGAACAAGGGCUCGGACCAGCAAGUAUAGGUUAAAUGCAUAGGAAACCUCCUUGGAAAAGUUUACAAUUCACACGUACAGUAAUUAGAAGAGCACCCUGAUCACAUCAAGUUUGACAAUGCAAGACCUCAUCCCAAAUUCAGUGUAUGGGGGCUUACACCAGCUAAUAUACAUUUGGCUUUUGAGGCAUAGUAAUUCAUUAGAAAAGUUUGUUAUAAUUUAGUAGAGCCUACCAAUACAGUCGGGUUUCAUUAGAUACACGAGGAAGGACAUACAAGUAUCAGAGGGUCUAUUUUUUUUGAACCAUAUCUUCUCUCAUAUUAUUCAAAGGUCUUGUUACAUAGAUGAUAGAUAGGAUAGUAGUUCCUGAAAACAGGUGUAUUACUGUAUCUUACAGGUACUAGAAGCAAACAUGCUUCAACUCUUAUCAUCUGAUAACUUUGAAUGUUAAGCAUACCACAUAUUCAUUUUUUGGA